ACAGCGCAGGGCUAAGCCACCAGUUCUCCUUCUUCUGGACGCAACCACGCAGGUAAUUAUUCCUCUGACGCGCUUCCUCUCGUUCCCCCGCGAGUUGUUAUUUCACGUUCGUUUUCGAUUUCAAUGCCUCUCGGGCAUCCCUUCGACUGCAAGUCUAGGCUAGUCAGGGUGUUUGUCCGCCCGAAACACCAUGGCCAGCGGUAGGCCUCCGGGGAGCCAUCCAUCCGCUGGCCGCGAUGAGGAUCUGCUACUGGAGGAGACGACGCCCAUAUACAAUAGCGGCCAGCGACCGCCGGUGAAUGAUGACCGUUUGCUACACCAGUUCAAUAUUGAUGCCUCCGAUCAAGGCCAGCCACGACCGUCCGUGUCCUACGAUGAUUUCGUCGGCGCAAGACAGCCACCUGGCUCAGCGGCUCACGCGGCCUCGGCGCAAUAUGCUUCCCAGAAUGAUUCGCAUUUGCACGAUUCGUACAUGACUGGCUCAGCCACCAGGACCUACUCGCAGACAUCGGACUUGGACAAUUAUCACCGGUAUUCCGAUGUUGAGGACUUUGAAGAUGAUCGCUCUGGGCGCGGAUACUACAAUCUAGAGGGAGAUGACGAUCAUAUCCCGUCUGCGGAACAUGUCAGAAGGGCAAAGGAAAGGAACAGCAUUCUUAGCCUGGGUGGUGGACUCAUGGGGAGGGCGAAGCACAUGCUUGGCAUGGCCCCUGAAUACUCCGAGAUGGAUUUGCCUCUGACGGAGGCUGGGGCAAGAAAUGCGCGGGUUGAUGCGACUGAAGAGGAUGGGCCUCAAAGUAAAGAGAGAAAGAGAUAUAGCGCGGGCGAUUUCAAAUUCGGUUUUGGCCGGAGGAAAGCUGACCCUUCGACAUUGGGGCCACGGGUUAUCCUGCUCAAUAACCCCCCUGCCAACGCUGCUAACAAAUACGUCGACAACCAUGUGUCAACUGCCAAAUAUAACAUCAUCACGUUUAUACCGAAAUUCCUCUUCGAACAGUUCUCGAAAUAUGCCAACCUGUUUUUCCUGUUUACCGCCGUCUUGCAACAGAUUCCGAAUAUUUCACCAACAAAUCGAUAUACUACUAUUGGGCCGUUGGUGAUUGUGCUUUUAGUGUCAGCAAUCAAGGAGUUGGUUGAGGACUUCAAACGGAAAAGCUCGGAUAAGUCCCUCAAUUACUCCAAGACGAAAGUCCUCAAAGGGUCAACAUUUCAAGAGGUGAAGUGGAUCGAUGUGGCCGUUGGAGACAUUGUGCGUGUGGAAUCAGAGGAGCCUUUCCCUGCGGACUUGGUCCUGCUGGCAAGUUCGGAGCCGGAGGGUCUGUGUUAUAUUGAAACUGCGAAUCUGGACGGGGAGACAAAUCUGAAAAUCAAGCAGGCAAUCCCCGAAACUGCACACCUGGUCAAUCCCAGCGAUCUAAGCAGGUUGAGUGGCCGUGUUAGGUCUGAGCAGCCAAACAGCAGUCUGUACACCUAUGAGGCGACGUUGACGAUGCAGGCCGGAGGCGGCGAAAAGGAGCUCUCUCUGGCGCCGGACCAGCUUCUGCUUCGAGGUGCUACCCUCCGGAAUACUCCCUGGGUCCAUGGCAUCGUUGUCUUCACUGGUCACGAGACGAAGCUAAUGAGAAAUGCGACUGCCACCCCCAUCAAGCGGACGGCCGUCGAGCGCAUGGUUAACAUGCAGAUUCUGAUGCUUGUCCUCAUUUUGGUUGCGCUCAGUGUCAUCAGUGCCGUCGGAGAUUUGGUUAUCCGUAAAACAGCCAAACCAGGACAACUCGCGUAUCUCGAUUAUGGCUCUACCAGUGUGGUAAAGCAGUUCUUCUCCGAUAUUUUCACGUAUUGGGUGCUGUACUCCAAUCUCGUCCCAAUUUCUCUCUUCGUGACAAUAGAGAUUGUCAAAUACUUCCAGGCAUUUCUGAUAAACUCCGAUCUCGAUAUUUACUACGACAAGACGGACACUCCGGCCACUUGCAGGACAUCAUCUCUGGUUGAGGAGCUAGGACAGAUCGAGUACAUAUUCUCCGACAAGACAGGUACACUGACUUGCAACAUGAUGGAGUUCAAGCAGUGUAGCAUCGGCGGUAUCCAGUACGCGGACGAAGUCCCUGAAGACAGAAGAGCCACUGUGGAAGACGGAGUCGAGGCUGGCAUUAAUGACUUCAAAACGCUCCGGGAGAAUCUCAAAUCGCACCCGACCCGGAACGCCAUCCAUCAUUUCUUGGCGCUUCUAGCAACAUGCCACACUGUUAUUCCUGAGAGAAACGACAAGAACCCCGGGAAAAUCAAGUACCAAGCUGCCUCUCCCGAUGAGGGUGCACUGGUUGAAGGUGCUGUCAUGUUGGGGUACGAGUUCACGAAUCGGAAACCGCGGUCAGUUAUCAUAACGGUGGACGGUCAAGAUUACGAGUACGAACUGCUGGCAGUUUGUGAGUUCAAUUCAACUAGGAAAAGGAUGUCGACAAUCUUCAGAUGCCCGGAUGGCAAAAUUCGAGUUUAUUGCAAAGGUGCAGAUACCGUCAUUCUCGAGCGUCUCGGCCCGGAUAAUCCAAUCGUUGAAGCUACCUUGCAACAUCUGGAGGAGUAUGCUUCAGAGGGUCUUCGGACGCUUUGCUUGGCAAUGCGAGAAGUUCCAGAGGACGAGUUCCAGCAAUGGUACCAGAUCUUCGACAAAGCUGCCACUACUGUCAGCGGAAACCGUGCGGAAGAACUUGAUAAGGCGUCAGAGCUCAUUGAGAAAGACUUUUAUCUUCUGGGAGCGACUGCUAUUGAGGAUAGACUGCAGGACGGUGUUCCUGACACUAUCCACACGUUGCAAACGGCUGGUAUUAAGAUCUGGGUCUUGACUGGCGACAGACAGGAGACUGCAAUCAACAUUGGAAUGUCUUGCAAGCUUAUCUCAGAGGACAUGACGCUGUUGAUCGUGAAUGAAGAGUCAGCUCAGGCGACGCGAGAAAAUUUGACGAAGAAGAUACAAGCCGUUCAGAGCCAGGCCAGUAGUGGUGAAGUGGAACCACUUGCUCUUAUCAUCGACGGUAAAUCCUUGACUUUCGCGCUCGAGAAAGACAUGGAAAAGCUCUUCCUGGAUCUGGCCAUCGUGUGUAAGGCGGUUGUUUGUUGCCGUGUGUCACCAUUGCAGAAAGCUCUUGUCGUCAAGCUUGUCAAACGGAAUCUAAAAUCCCUGCUUCUUGCCAUUGGUGAUGGUGCAAACGAUGUCUCUAUGAUCCAAGCCGCUCAUGUGGGAGUCGGUAUCAGCGGUGUCGAAGGUCUUCAAGCCGCCCGGUCUGCCGAUGUCUCGAUUGCUCAGUUCCGGUUCCUUCGAAAGCUACUUCUUGUUCAUGGUGCUUGGAGUUAUCAACGUAUCAGCAAGGUUAUUCUUUAUUCAUUCUAUAAAAACAUCGCUCUGUACAUGACGCAGUUCUGGUAUGCUUUUCAAAAUGCCUUCUCCGGCGAAGUCAUUUACGAAUCAUGGACCCUCUCCUUCUACAACGUCUUUUUCACGGUGCUUCCUCCAUUCGCCAUGGGUAUUUUCGACCAGUUCAUUUCAGCCAGACUAUUGGAUCGGUAUCCUCAGCUUUACCAGUUGGGACAGAAAGGCGUUUUCUUUAAGAUGCACAGUUUCUGGUCUUGGAUUGCAAACGGGUUCUACCACUCCCUAAUUGCCUACAUUGCGUCGCAGCUCUUCUUCCUGUGGGACCUACCGCAAUAUGACGGCAAAGUUGCCGGCCAUUGGGUGUGGGGUACGGCACUCUACACUGCUGUUCUGGCCACGGUACUUGGCAAAGCAGCGCUUGUGACAAACAUCUGGACAAAAUACACCUUCAUCGCUAUCCCUGGAUCCAUGGUCAUCUGGAUGAUCUUCCUUCCAGCUUACGGUUACGCAGCUCCAGCUAUCGGCUUCUCGAACGAAUACCACGGUAUCAUUCCCCGUCUUUUCACCUCCCCUGUGUUUUGGGGAAUGGCCCUGGUGCUCCCUCCUCUUUGCCUCCUUCGUGAUUUCGCCUGGAAGUACGCCAAGCGGAUGUACUAUCCCCAAGCAUACCAUCACGUUCAAGAGAUCCAGAAAUAUAACGUUCAAGAUUACCGCCCGCGGAUGGAGCAGUUCCAGAAGGCCAUCAGGAAAGUCCGACAGGUACAGCGCAUGCGCAAACAGCGUGGCUAUGCUUUCAGUCAGGCCGACGAAGGUGGACAGAUGAGGGUAGUUAAUGCUUACGACACCACGAGAGCCCGAGGACGCUACGGCGAAAUGGCCAGCUCAAGGCCGGGCAUAUGAUUCCAGAUCACUUUUUUACUUCUUUCUUUCUUUCUUACCGGGAAACUAACUCUUGAAGAGUGUGGAAUCGGAGGAGGGAUAGUGUAUGCUUAUUAUUUGUCGAAAGCGCGCUUGGGGAAAUUUAUUUAUGUGCAAUAAAAUCUUAGGCAUUCAUCACCAUCUUUCUUUUCUUCUUCGUCUUCUUCUUCUUCUCCUUUUGUUGUUUUGGUUGUUGCCGAUGAUUCGAAUCAGUUCGGAUUCGAAAGCAGUUUUCUAUGAGUUUUCAGUGUUCUUAAUGAGUCUCCUAGUAUGUAUACAAUGUACGGGAUAGCGAGCGGUUGUUUCGAUAAAUGAACAGAAUCCUUACUCUAUGGAAAACUGAAGAAUAGACUGAAAAAAAUGGUGUAGAUGAUAAAAGGGGG